CUCUUUACUCUGUAAUAUGUUGUACAUGCCACAAACAUUUCAAGAUCUCUGGUUUGAAUCCUUCUUGUAAUAUUCAUGGAUGAUUUCGACUCUCAAAAAACACCAGACAACAACUGAAUCUUUUGUGUGUAUUCCACCCCAGAGCAAACAUCACUACCACAUAGCAUUGCAGCUAAGGUACAGAUAUUUUGAUUUGAUCAAUGAAACCAUGCCAUGAGAAAACAAGAGGACAAAAUGGUUCAAGUCUCUCUUCCAGCAAACAACCAUAGCAAAGUUCACACCUCUAGAACUAUUCCUGUGAGUCCCACAGCACCGGAACACUUUUCCAUUGAACAAAUCAACAAACUAGAGAGCAAGUUUUUACAUCAAAAGUGGCCGGAUAAAACAAGAGUUGUUGUUAUAGCAAUGGAAAGCAACUUGCUAACUAGAGAUGUGGAGGUAAAAACAAUAAUUUUGCCCUAGUAUCAAUGUUCACCCUCUAUAAAAUAUCUUUUAACAGAGCAUGUCUUGGUGUCUGCUCUCCUGAACAUAAUACUGUCAUUCUGAUAAACAAAAUGUUACAAAAGUGACAGAAUGUCAAUGAGUUUCACAAAGGUCUACAAUAUAAGAAAACCCUACAUGUAAAUGUACAUAUGUAUCAACAACAAUAUAUUAUAGCUAUUUUUUUACCAAUGAAAAUUGAACACUUUUCUUUUCAGUACAAAAAAACCUGCUUUCAAGCUAGAAGAAAACCCAGUCAAAUGAAAAAAUCAUGUUACAAGUGUUUAGAAUUUUGUGGCUGUUUAGUGAUGAAAAGGGUUUGACUCAUACAUGCAAAUAAACAUGUACCUCGAAUCAUAUAAUGUUAUAUACUAUCACACCAAGAACCAUUUUUUGGUCAUAAGAAUUGUCUUACAACUGUUUGGCCUUUUGUAUACUGUGAUAGCAACAGAUACACUAUAACACUGCCCAUUGUCUAAACUGUCUUUCUGAUACUCUAAUGCAGAAAAAUUGUGUUUCUUUUUUGUUUCAAUCAUCAGCUCUGGUUCCAAGCAAGAAGAGAAAAGUGGAUGCAAGGAGUAAUUGCUGCCAUUGCUUUGGCUAAAGAGUCUUUAUCAGAGUAUCCAUGACCAUUUGGAUAAAAAAAAUUAACUGAAACAAUCUAUGCACUUAUUUCUGUGUAAUAAAGGUUCAAGAAGACAAAUUCAAUGCUUGGACCAAAUGACAAAGUGAUCCUUGGAAUACACAAAAAGAAUACGAAAAGAUGACAUUCCAAAUCAAUGCAUUUGGUGGUGAGACGGCACUUCCUUGAGAACAGCUCAGAUACAAUCAAAGGCUUUUUCUGCUAAGACAUGUGGUAGCACGAAGAUAGUUUUGAUUGAGCAAGGGGAGAAUAUUCUUGAUGCCUAGGCAAAAAUAGCUUAUGCCAGUUGGCUUUCACAGAAAAAUUCUGAGUAGUAGCAAGAGUAUACUCAAAACAUCAUCAUGAACAUCCUCCUGAUUGCCCAGAG